UGUAUUAAGAGAACCGUUUGACAUUUUAACGGAGCAGUGAUACUCAAAACAGAUGUCAGCAAACUCAGCAUUGAUCAGAAAAAAAAUAAGAAAAAUGUACCCUACUCUCACAGCGACUAUCGGGGUAUAAUAUGCGGAUAUAACCGCGACAUUAUGAUCAGUUGGAGGCCGAGAACUGUUGGCUUUGAGACACACGGCCGACCGUUAAGCUGGUAACGUAACGCAACGUUAUUUUUCACAGCAUAUGUUUGUAUUUUCUUUUAUAUAAACGGAUGUGUCAUUAUCAGCGCACAGAGCCUUUUGCGUUAUUGACCAUGCCAGCCGCGUGACAGCGGGUUCAUUGACACCCUCGCCGACCUAAAAUACCAAAUUGCUCACUGAGUUUGCAGCAAUGGCUUCGGCGCUGAGUUGCUUCAGCGGUCCCGAGGUGUUGGAGGACGUGAAUCACGCUCGGGGUUUGAUGGACGAGUUGAAAUUACUGUAUGACUGCCGGCUGCUCGGGGACGUAACUAUCGGAGUCGAGUGGGAAGAGGAGUCACUGGAGCACAGCGGGGAGUCAGCCAGAGGCGACAUUGACCAACUUUUCCUGUGUAGUCGCAACGUCCUCGCCGCGGCCAGCCCUUACUUCAAAAGCAUGUUCACCGGGGGGUUAACUGAGAGCAUGCAGCAGAGAGUGGUCAUCCGCGGGGUGGACUUUGAGUCCAUGUCUGUUAUCAUCGACUAUUGUUACACUGGCAGGGUGACCAUCACGGAGAGCAACGUCCAGAGGCUGUACGCUGCGGCCAAUAUGCUCCAGCUUGAGUACAUCAGGAAAGCUUGCUCCAGUUUCAUGACAAGGAGGCUGGACCUCUCAAACUGUGUGGGAAUACUGAAAUUUGCAGACACAUAUGACAACCCUGAAUUGAAGGAGAAUGCUCAAGCUUUUAUAGCCAGGAACUUCAGUCAGGUGUGUAUUGGAGGGGAGCUUUGUGAGCUGGAUUUGAUGCAGCUGAAGGAGAUGUUGUCUCUGGACACUCUGGAUGUGGACUGUGAAAGGAAGGUAUGCUCAGCUGCUUUGCAGUGGAUAGAGGUGAAUGCACCACAUAAAAGGGAGGAUGCGCUACAGGCGCUGAAGUGUGUACGCUGGAACUUGUUUACAGAGAAGGACAAGUGUUACCUGGAGGGCCUUAUGGCAAGGCCUUUAAUUGAGAAGUACUUUGCAUCUUUUUUCAACAGGUCCGCAGAGGAUGGCUGUGGAAUGUCUGCAACUCUGGACAUACCAAAACACCGAAUAGGUGUAAGUGCAAAAGAAAUGAUCCUCUUCUUCGGCUUACCCAAUGACAACAUAAUGUGCUGUGACCCUUACUCAGAGGACCUGUAUUUCAUGGCUCCUCCUUUAGAAGACCUCAGCAGUCAGGAUUACAAACGGUCCACCAUGGAGUCUUUGAUCGCUUGUGCCACACCUGAAAACAACUUAUACCUAGCGUCCCACCUUUCUAAACACUUCUGGCUGUACAACCCUGUGCUCAACAACUGGCAGGAGUUGGCAGAGAGACCACUGGGGAGGAUACACUCUGGGAUGGGAUACCUCAACGGUCAUGUGUACCUUUUGGGGGGAAGAAAUCCAGUGACCGAUGCCAGACUCAAGGAGGUGGAGUGUUACAGUGUCCAGAGGAACCAGUGGACAUUUGUUGCUCCUUUGCCUCAUUCUUUGGGUAAAAUGCAGGUGGUGGCACUAAAUGACCACCUGUAUGUGGUGAACAAAAGGAGAAUGCUUUGCUAUGAUCCCAAGAGGAACCGCUGGCGCCACUGUGGGUCACUGAGAAGGGACAAGCUUCACAAGGCCUGCGUGUAUCAGGACCAGAUCAUCUGUGUGUGUGACAUCCCUGUGGUGAAAGCCUACAGCCCCACCAGGGGGGAGUGGAAAAGGUUGGGUGACAUUCCCAUUGACAGCCGUGCUUUAAAUUACCAGGUGAUCCAGCACAACAACAAGCUGCUCCUCCUCACUCAGACAUUAUUGCAGCACAACAAAAACAGGGUCCUCAUCCAUGAAUACGACCCAGCGAGGGACACAUGGAAGAACAUCAUGGCAGUGUAUGUGUCCACCCUGGGGCCCGUGUGUGUUUCAACACGCGUGUACCCGGCACGCCUUGGCUCUGCUCAUAGUUUCUCUACAGAGGAGGACGACGACAGUGGCUCCAGCGCCGACUGGGACUUUGAUGGGUUGACAGACGCAGACUCUGACUCGGGCAGCUCUAGCUCUUUCUCAGACGAGAACUGGUAGUGAAAUGUGUUACUGUGUCAAAGAAAGAUUUAACUUAUUUAUAAUUGAGUGGAUGUUUAGUAUGUGUUUCUGUGUCAGGAGAGAUCCCAGUUCCUUUUAGUAUUUAAGCCAGCCACAUACAGCGGAAGCACAAGCCCAUCAAAAAUUUACAUGGAUGUCUUUCUUUUCACCAGAGUGGCUAAUUUACUGAAGAAGAGAAGAAACUAAGCAGAGUUGGUUUCAGAAAUGCCAAAAUAUCGGGUGGACUCUAGCUCUCCCAGUAAGCGGGUUCGCCCCACGUUGGCUGAGUCCUGCAGCGGCCCGGGUUCCAGUCCGACAUGCGGCUCUUUGAUGCGUGUCAUCCCCCCAUCUCUCUCUCCCUUUCAUUUCUAUCCACCUUCACUGUAAUAAAGUCAAAAUCCUCAAAAAUAAUCUUAAAAAAAGAAAUGCCAAAAUAUAAGGGCUUUGCUGCUUAAUUUCCUUAAUGUGCUGCCAGCAUGAAGGACAGUAAGAUGUAGAGUCUUGUUUACACAAUAGCAAGACAAAUACAUGAUAGAAAUAUAGCUGUUCAACAACAAUUUCGUACUUUAAAGUCAUACUUUAGCUUUAAGGGCAACUAAAUGAAGCUUACUCCAGAAUAAUAUUAUUACACCUUUUUUUUUUUUUUUUUAUAUAUUUAAAAUUGGGGGAACUGGCAAGACACAGUUUAUCAAAAAACUGAAGCAGCAGAGGCUGUUCCUCCAUAUCCUGGUAUUUUGAUGUUUCCAAACUGAGACUUUGCAGGGUAGAUGCACAAGACCAGAAAAAAAAAAUCUUAAGUUUACCUUUUCAUAGCAGUGACAUUCUAACUGGUCAAACACAGGUGUUACUAAUGAGAUAACUAAUUGCUGGCUGGAAGGUCGGUCCAGCCAUUAGUGCUCUGAUGCUGCCAAGGCAUAAAGAAAACACAUCACUCAAAUACAAAAGUCAAAUAUCUUGCUCUUGAAUUCACUGUCCAUAUAGCAAGAGUGUCUUUUUUUGUGUGUAACACCUCUGUUAGCUACUUUCUUCAGUUUCUUAAGGGCUGAAUGGC